UUUACUUUUAUUUGUUUCAGAACAAGCUUCAGACCAGUUUUGGAUAACAAUUCAACAAGAUCUACACCUCCGCUAUUUUUUCCUCCGCAUUUAGCGUCUCAUCUCACCUCACAGUUUUCUCCACCAUUAUUUCCUGGAUUAAAAGGAUUUCCAGGAUUGUGCUCUUGUUGUCCGAUUAAACCACUAACAUCGGCAUCUUUAUUACCGACAUCCGAUGAUAACUCAUCAUCUGAUCAGCGAUCGUCCAGCGUGGCAGAACUUCGCAGGAAAGCCCAAGAACAUUCAGCCGCUUUGUUACAAAGUCUUCAACACGUCGCCAAUUUCCAACACGCCACUUUGGGGGGAUUAAAUUUUCCACUUUUACCCCCGUUGACUUUACAAGCUUUAAGAAAACACGACGCCAACGAAACAAUCACGAGCAACAAAGAUCAACAAGAUCGCGUUUAAGAAACACGUCGCGCCAUCUAUCGAUGAGUAACCGUAACGUGAAAAGUAGGAAUCUUUAUAUAAAUGAUGAUAACCGUCCUAAAAUGAUUUUUGGGGGGACAAAAAUUGUACCAAAUAAUAAUGUGUAUUGCAGCAAUAUUAAAAAAAAAUAAACAAAAUAAUUUGUGUAAAUAAUUCCGCUAUUUUCGUGCUUAUACGAUAUAAAUGUAGAUUUCGGCUAAAAAAUUAAAUAUUAAUUAUUAAUAAUGUAAUAAAUUGUGAUGUGUCUAAUGCAAAUAUGUAAAGUUACCAAAUAUGAAUAAUAAAAAAACUUAGUUUAUGUGUG